AUGAAUCUUACUACCACUAAGUACUUGGAAACUCCACCCUUGUUUGCAUCUCAAGUGGGAGCAACAUUAGAGGACAGCAAUGGAUUUUGCAAGACAAAUACAAAAAACCCAUUUUUGGAUACAUUUUCUGACCCUCUUUGCAAGCUGAAUCUCAAGGAAACUUCUGAUUUUGUGAAGUCAUUUCCAGUGGCAAACAAUGGUACAGAAAUAAGAGGUUUUCUUGAGGUUUCAGCUCAGAGGAGUAGAGAAAAUGGUGUGGAUUCUGUUUCAAAGAGGAAUUUAGAAGCUCCACCUACACCUGGGAGGCCUACUUUCAGCUUCAGCAGUGGAAAUUUCAAAAGAAAAAGUUUUCCUUCAAAAUGGGAUGAUGCAGAGAAGUGGCUUGUCAGUGGCAGUUCUUGCCAUGACUCCCGUGCUAAUCAUUAUGAUUUGAUAAAACCAUCGGAGGCCUCAAAAAUGUACUCAAAACAGUGUUGUGGGUACAAGCUACACCAGCCUGAUGUCUAUGCCGAGAAAUUUAGGGUUACAGAGGAAAAGGUCUCUAAAGUUGUUUCAAACUUUCAAAGGGUUUCAACUCUGGACUCAGCCAGACCUUUCAAUGGUAAUGUACUACUGAAAGAUAAUUUCACAAAUGAGGUAGAACAAAUUUGUCCCAAAUUCAAGUGUGUAGAGCCAAUGAAAGAAGGAUUUUUAUUUGGGAAUGCUGUGGAAGAGUCAGGGGAAGGUGCGAUCUCAGAAAUAGUUCACGAGGUAAAACACCGUGACAUUGGAACUGAAAUGACCCCUCUUGGCAGCUCCACCACUUCAAGAUGCCCGACUCCGUUCAUUAGCACAUCACCUGCGCACCAUAACACACCCACUAAUAGGUCCAGCCCAUUGGCCUUGGCAAGUAUGGAUGGCGCCAACACUAUUGACGUAAUGCAAUUGCAAGAUUGCUAUUUAGCCAAGUUACAUCAUGAGAUACAAUUUGAGUCUGUUACAACGAAUUGGAGCUCUCGAGAAGAGGAGGAGGAGGACAUAUCAAAGAGCUUGAGACACUUCGAGAUGAAUAAUGAGUGCAGGAAAAGUAUUUCCAGGUCUAGACCCUGUACCUGGGAGGAAGAGGAAAAGAUGAAGUCUUGCCUCAGGUACCAAAGAGAAGAAGCUAAAAUUCAAGCUUGGGUGAAUCUCCAAAAUGCCAAAGCAGAAGCCAAAUCAAGAAAGCUCGAGGUGAAAAUACAAAAAAUGAGAUCAAAUCUGGAAGAGAAGUUAAUGAAGAGGAUGGCAGUUGUUCAUAGAAAAGCCGAAGAAUUGAGAGCUACAGCCCAGAUUCAGCAUUCAGAAGAAAUUCAAAAAGUCAGUGAACAACCACGCAAGAUGAUGAGCCGCAAUAGAGUGCAUUUCUCUGGUCACAAAUCUUGUGGUUGCUUCCCUUGCAAUGACAGUCAUAUAUGA